ACAGGUAGCUGUCCACCAUGCGACUCUCUGUUGUCGCGGCCAUCUCACACGGGCGAGUGUAUCGCCGCCUAGGUUUGGGCCCUGAAUCUCGAAUCCAUCUACUACGCAACCUGCUGACGGGUCUAGUACGCCAUGAGCGUAUUGAGGCUACCUGGGCCCGUGUUGACGAGAUGCGCGGCUACGCCGAAAGGCUCAUUGACUAUGGAAAGAUGGGAGAUACCAACGAGAAGGCAAUGCGGAUGGCUGACUUCUGGCUAACGGUGAAAGACUUAGUGAUAAAGAUAACAUUUGAGCUGAGCUUUGAAAGAAACAA